AUGCCCACGCGCGGCGGGCGCAGAGGUGUGUGCCCGCGGCCUCCGGCCCUGGGCGCCCAGAUCGCCCAAGAUAAGGCCGCGGCAGAGACGCCCUGGGGAGGGGGCGGGGGCCGGCCCGGGGUCCCGGAGCGCGGGGUCCCCGGAGGGGGCGGCCGGCGGGAGAGGGAGGCGAACAAAGGCGGAGGGCGAACCUCGGCGGCGGCGAUCCGGGCGGAGGAGCGCGGCGCGGGCGGGGAUCCGGGCGGAGAGCGAACCUCGGCGGCUCCAGCUGGGCGCGCGGCUCGGGCUGGGAGCGCGGCGCGGGCGGAGGAGCCGGGCGCGGGGAGUCCGGGCGGCGCGGCGCGGCCGGGAAUAAGAGCGGAGGAGGCGCCUGGCGGCCGGAAAGCCGCGGCCCGCGCUGCUGAUUGGACUCGGGCGCGGCGCACGGCGCCCGCCGGAGUGCCAGGCUGUGGGUCGGGACUGCCGCCGCCGCGGCCGGUCAGGGCGCCCCGAAGCCGGCAGGGGACGCGCAGCUCCUCCUCCUCCCGGGGUGCUGGCGACCUGAGCCUUCCCGACCCCGUCGGGGGCGCCGCGGCCCGGGAAGCUCCCCCGGCCCAGAAGGAAGCGUCCGUCCCCAGCCCCGGCCUCGCACCCCCGGCCUCACCCCCAGCCCCGGCCCCGCACCCCCGCUCACACCUUCCCCCCGGCCGCUGCCUCCCAGCGGUGACGGCGCCGAGCGCGGCCGGCAGCUCGCGGGGCCGGUUUCGGCGCCCACGCCCCCGAGGUGACCGGGCGAGCCCUCCCCGCGGACCCCCGCGAGGCGCCGCGCUCCCGCGCUUUUACUUUCGUUCGAGGAGAGGGUGCGGUGGGGUGGACGCCGAGCGCACCGGGCGCCGCGGGCCGCGGGUUCGCGCGCGAGAUGCCGCUUCUCGGGCGUCCCCUCCCGGGCCCGACCUGCGCGGCCGGCGGGGGAAGGGGCCGCGAGGUUGGCCAGCGCCCGAGGUCACCCCGAGCCGCUCGGGUGCCGCUGCGCCCCUCCCCGGGGUCCCCCUCUGGCUCCCCCCCUCCCCGGGGUCCUCCCCGCCUCCCCCGGUCCCGCUGGCGGCCGCCGCAGCCGGGUCCGAGCCAAAGUUCCUAGCCACCGCGAGAGCCCGCCCGGCCCGGCUCCCACCGCGGCGCCCAGCCCUCGCCUCGGCUCGCCCGUUCGAGUCCCGUGUAGCCCAGGGUGGCUUCAGAUUUCCUGUGGAGCUAAGGAUGACCUCUAAUUCUCGAUCCUGCAGCCUCCCUUCGUCAGUGCUGGGGUCCCAGCCUUCCACCUUCAUCACACUCAUCAUUAAAGUAUGUUUCUGAAGACCAUCUAAUGACUUUGGAGGCAGAAGUAGGUGGAGCUCUGUGAGUUUGAGGCCAGACUGGUCUGCACAGCAAGACCCUGUCUCUAGUAAAGACAAUCAAAUCAGUGGAUCAGCAAGGAUGCUUCCGAAGCAGGGGAAAGGUUCGUGUUCUGACAGGUUUAUUUCUGUGGCUGGGGAAACGUGGAGAACCUCUGGGCAGUUCUGAGGAUUGAGUCCAGGGCCUCCUGCACCCUGCACAGUAACACAAGCAAGUGCUUGACGAUUUGUUUUGUUAGUUUUUAGCUCUGUGUCUGGGGAGGGAGGACAAGUCUGUGCACUUGAGUGCCGUUCCCACGGAGGCCAGAGGUGCUGGACGCCCUGCAGCUAGAAUUACAGGUUGUUGUGAGCUGCCUGGCGUGGGUGCUGGGGACUGAACCCAGGUCUCCUGGAAGAGCAGCAUAUGCGCUUAAGCACUGAGACAUUUUUCUAACCUGUUGUUCGUUUUUUGAGACAGAGCCCCACUAUUUAGCCCACACGAACCUCCGUGUCCUGACCCUCCUGCCUCCGCCUCCCAAGCAUGUGGCCCACCGUACCUGGCUCUGUUAUCUCUAAUUGUUUACGUGCUUGGGAGAGGUGAUGGAGUCAGGUAAUGGAGUGUUAAGGAUUGAACUGAGAGCCUCACACCUGCUGGGCCAGCACCCGAGCCACACCUCAGGCCUAGACUCUGCUUUACAAGUUUCUGUUAUGAGCACAGUUGACAUCUGAGCUGAGAAAAACAAUCCCAGGAAUCCAGAAAAGCCCGAGCUAGGCCCCUGUCUUGGGUGGAAAAUCAAUCAGGUUGCCAAGGGGUCAGAGGCUUAUUCAGCAAAUAUUUAUCCAGUGCCUCUUCUGUACCAGGUGAGGGAUGGAGGGGCAAACGCUGGCACAGGUGACUGUAAAACCUCCGGAUGGACUGUUGCGCCGAGGCCGAGGUCCACCUGAGCCUGACUGUGUGCAUGAGUGUAAAGCCUAAGCAAGAACGGGAAAGAGAAAGCAGGCAGGAGGAUAGGGAUCCAAGGCCAGCCUGAGUUACAUAGUAAAUUUGAAGCCAACCUGUGCUGCCAGAGACAAUGGACAGCUCUACCCUUCCCCCGACAAAAAAAAAAGCCCCACCGCAAAAACAAGAGAAAGAAAAAAGACUCACCCUGCGAUAGAAAUGACUGUUGUAACUGAUGUCUGCAGGAAGCUUCUUUUGUGACUGAAACUAGGGCUCGUGAUUUUCAAAGUCUACCACUGAGAAAAUAAAGAAUAAAAUAUAAAUAAGCAUCUUUUCAUACAUCAAAUGAUCUGUAUGCAAACAGAAAGAACGUUCUUUAGAGAGGUUCUGGACAAGAGCUAAAAAUCUCUCAGCACUGGCGUUCGCCUAGCUCUUCACCUCUGACCCGGAGCCGUGUCUCCACACCCUGGGUUUGUUUUGCUUUGUUUUGAGACAGGAUUGCAGGUAGCUCAGCUGGCUUUGAACUUGUCAUUGGCUAAGGAUGACACUGAACUCUUGAGUCCUUGCCUCUACCUCUUCCUGGAUGGCAGUGUGCACCACCACUCUUGGGUUCUAUGUGGUACCGGGGCUGGAACCCAGGGCCUCAGGCAAGCGAGGCAAGCAUUGUACCAACCCAGCCGUCUCCAGCCCAGGGUCCACCUGUCUGUAGAGGGGAAGUAACAAUACUUCCAUAUCCCUUCACAGGGAUGUUUUAAGGACAAAUCAUGUAUUAAAACAGUACCUAGGACUAGGCACAAGAGUGUAAGCCCAGCACUGGCAGGUCGAGGCAAAAGGGUCACUACUGGAUGUCAGCCCGCGUUGCUUAGCGUAACAUGUCUCAAAAAAAAAAAAAAUUUUUCUGAUGGGUUCGAUUAAUGGCUCAGGGGCUUAAGAGUACUUAGCUGUUCUGUUAGAGGACUGAGGUGUUGAUCACGGCACCCAUGUUGGGUGGCUCACACACACUCGUAACUCCAGCUCCAAGGGAUCUAUCUGAUGCUCCCUUCUAGCUUUUUUUGAGUCCUCACAUCGACAUGCUCUCUCCCUCUUUGCUCUUUUACACUUACACACACACACACACACACACACACACACAUAAAUAAAAUAAAAUAAUGCUUUUGUUUGCUUUUUGUUUUUCGAGUCAGGGUCUCUCUGUGCCACUCUGGCUGUCCAGGAACUUGCUCUGUAGACCAGGCUGGCCUCAAACUGAAAGACCUGCCUGCCUCUGCCUCCUGAGUGCUGGGUUUUCACCCCCUGAAAAUAAAAAAUUUUAAAUUGCACCUGGAUUCUUUGGCAGGAAAAAAAAAAAUCUAGAAUUGCCAAGGAAGGCUUGAACCGUCAGGAGUUAACAUGGAGGUGUGGAGGCAGAGGCUUUACCACCCACGUCUGGGCGGCACGCCCUUAGAGGUGUUUUGGCAAAACGGACAACAGAAUAAAUGUAGCUUAAUAGUCUUCUCUUGUACUUGCCCUAUGGAUCAUUGAAGGCUACAUAGGUUAGCAGAAACCACAAAGCCUGUCCAAGAUAAACUACAACUGAUAAACAGAACAAUGAAACCGAUGUCUGGAAAACAGCCCAGUAAUAGCAAUUCAGAGAAGACUGUAGUGCGCAUCUCUAGUCCCAGCCACGUGGAAGGCAGAAGAAGAACACUUGAGGCCGGAAGCUGGAAACCAGUCUGGGCAACAUAGUGAUAAUUCUAUAGCUUAAGCAAAAAAAUUCCGUCUCUGUUUCUCAAGUGCUGGAAUUCAUAGUGUGUGCCACCAGGCUUGGCUUGAAAGAGAUCUAUGGUCCAGAAAUCUAUAGAUACCAUUCGUCAGUGAAUUAAAGCGGAUAGUACCUGCAGAAAGGUGACUAUUGUUUGCCUCUGGGCAGCAAGUGACCUGAGAAGGACCCCAUGUCACUCUGACAGCGAGAAGAACCUAGGAGAAAAUUGGAGACAACCCCAGCAGAAGCCCACUCCAUAAAGCAAUUGGCCAGGACUUCUCCAGCGUUAGUGAUGGAAACCCCCGAGACUGUUCUAGGUGAAAGAACCAAAGAUAGGAUGAUCUGGAUUGUGGUUCCCUGCACUGAAUUCUGGACCAGAAAAUAGAACAGCUGGAAACAAUCAAAUUAAGCUUGAGAUUUGAUAUGAUUGUGUGUGUGCGUGUGUACAUGAUUUACUUACGUGUUAGAGAUUGGGUUUUACUAUGUAGCCCAGGCUCUACUCUACACUAAUGGCCUCCUGCUUCACCUCCUGAGUGCUGGCUUUUGUUUACUAUGUUCAUUUUGGUUUGCUCCUUACUUUCAGACAGGGCAUCUCAGUGCAGCCCAGGCUGAUACGGGAUUUGAGAUCUUUGUCUCAGGUUCCUAAGUGCUGGAAUUAUAGACAUAUAUACCAUACUGCAUUGCUUAACAGGAGUAAUAUAUCAAGUUUAAUUUCCCAGUUUUGGUCACUGCACUCAGAUACUGUCCUACUAGCAUUGAAUAAAUUGUACUUAUCAUAUUUGUGUAUGUGUGUCUGUCUGUCUGUCUAAGAACCUACCCAAGAUAAGUAAAUGAACAGAGCUUUUUUAAAAUCA